AUGGAUUACUACAGAAAAUAUGCAGCUGCCAUUCUGGUAGUGUUGUCCAUGUUCCUGAAUAUUCUUCAUUCUCUUCCUGAUGGAGACUUUGUUAUUCAGGGUUGCCCAGAAUGUAAACUAAAGGAAAAUAAAUACUUCUCCAAGCUGGGCGCCCCCAUCUACCAGUGCAUGGGCUGCUGCUUCUCUAGGGCAUACCCCACUCCAGCAAGGUCCAAGAAGACAAUGCUGGUUCCAAAGAACAUCACCUCGGAGGCCACAUGCUGUGUGGCCAAAGCAUUUACUAAGGCCACAGUGAUGGGAAACGCCAGAGUGGAAAACCACACGGAGUGCCACUGCAGUACUUGUUACUAUCACAAGUCUUAG